AUGUUCGCCCGAUCUCUUCUCCGAACUGCCUCCACUACCAUGCCUGCUGCGAGGACCAUGACUACUCGCAAGGCUUCCACCAUGUCUUACGAGCAGAACGGCAUCACUCACCAAAUGGGGGCCUUCUUCAAGAAGAACGGUGUUCCAGUUGAUGCUUACCCCAUCGUCUUCAUCACUCUCUUCAUGGCUUCCGCUGGCACUUUCAUGCUCUCCAAACACAUCAGGGAAGACCGUGACCACCUUCGAUGGAUGCCCCGUCAAGGUGGCUACAAGUUUCAGCUUCCCGCCGACAAGUAA